GAGGGAGUUUGUAGCUGCUGAAGUAAAGAUAACAACAAAUCCAGCGUUAAGCUCUUGAACUAGCUCACUGUACCAAAUUAUUAAGCGCAUUUCAUGUAAAUAAUAAGUCAGUUCCGUCACUGAAAUAGAGCUUCUUCUUUUUUCAACGUUCCAAGGUUGGUCUUAAUUGUUAACGUUAGCAAACGUAGCUAAAUGGAGCCGGAGCGGUCUGAGGGCAAAACGAUGCGGUCUGAGAAACACAGUGUCAACGACGGAUGGGUGUUUCUCACCCCCAUGGUCAACAGCUGCAAGUUGCACAAUACGACUGUCAAAUCACUAGUACCAGAGAGAGCCCAGAGGAUGACAGACUCUCAAGCUCUUAUAAAAGAAAAAAACAUGAACUCCAGCCAAACAAUGAAUCAUUCUAACCCAGAAACAAGGUUGCAUGCAUGCAACCAGAGAAGACUUGUCCAGACUCCUCCGGUGUCAUCAUUUGCCAGUGACUCUACAGAUUCCUCUGCACAUAAUCUUGUACCACUAGUGGGUGGUGCUCAAAGUGGUUUGGAUGCAGUUUCGUAUGCUCCACAAGAAGAUAGAGACAAAUCUGGAAGACCAACCCACAGUGCAGGGGCCACUUACUACCGUAACGCCUUAGACCUUCCCAAGCCAGCAGGUGGUUCUGGAGGACUUAAGUACAACACAGUCCUUGGUUUUCCCUUCACUCAGUUGCCUCAUGACAGUUUUGCAUCCAGUUUUCAACGAAUCGACUUGGACAGGCGCUAUCUUGAGGAAUGCCCCCAGCUGGGCGAUAUGGAUGAACUACAGCUUCUCAACCUUCAGCACAAUCUAAUCACAAUGAUCCAGCAUCUGUCACAUCUGCAACAGCUUGUUUUCCUGAACUUGUAUGACAAUCACAUCUCUGAAAUGACUGGUAUUGAAACCCUACGCUCUCUUAGGAUCCUUAUGCUGGGGAAGAACAGAAUCCGUAAGAUAUGCUGCCUGGAAAGUCUGUCCAAACUGAAUAUCCUGGAUUUGCAUGACAAUCAGAUCUCCAGGAUAGAAAACAUGUCUCACCUGAGCGAGCUGCGAGUGUUGAACCUGGCAGGAAACAACAUCUCCAGAGUGGAAAACCUGCAGGGCCUGGACUGUUUGACUGAACUCAACCUACGACACAAUUGCAUCUCUGUUGUGACUAAGGUGGACCGCCUGCCCUGCUUGCAGCGCCUCUUUCUCAGCUGUAACAACAUCACCAGUUUUGAUCAGCUAGCCUGCCUUGGAGAGUUGCGUUCCCUUUCUGAGCUCACCCUGGAUGGGAAUCCUGUAGCCCUGGAGACAUGGUACAAGCAGGCCGUCCUGCGCUGUGUGCUUCAUCUGAGACAGCUGGACAUGAAGCGCAUCACAGACGAGGAUCGGCGCAUGGCUGGUGUACAGGCUCGAAAAGAGGAGGAGAAGAAGAGGGAGAGUCACAAACAGACUAUUCAUAAG